AUGAUGGUAUCGCAACCCUUCGCAGCCGUACAAAGAGUCGAGGCAACACAAUAUGUACCACGAACACCGAGGAUCUCGCAGAAGAGAUGGGUGGAUUCGAAAAAGAUGGCUGAUGAGUGGAUGAGUUCGCAACUUGCAGGCCGCGAGAACCAAGCUCAAAUAGUCACGCAUGCGUAUGCGCAUGCGCAUCAAGCCCCCGAUCCCCACAGCCAAAUGGUCGAACUCGACGUCGGCAGCGUCACGCAUAAUCGGCGCACCUUCCUAAUCCACAAACUCCUCCUCUGCACCCGCGUCCCCUACUUCUCGCAGCUACUCCAACACCACGCUACCGAAACCCCCACCAAUUCCCUACGACUGCCCCACCAAGAACCCAUUUCCUUCGCGCUCUUCAUCGACUGGCUCUACAACGCCCACUAUGCAUGCAUCAACCCCGCUCAUGGGAAAAUCGCCUAUACGAUCCGCUUGCGGCUCUAUUGUCUCGCUACGGAUUUCCAGCUCCCGGAUUUUAUGGAUUAUACGAUUAAUGUGCUACUGUGCAAUCAUGUGAAAUAUGGGUGGAGCCCGGUUCUUGAGGAUGCUGUUGCGGUGUAUAUGGAUACGAGGCCGGGGUCGAAACUUAGAGUUUUGAUUUCGCGGUUGUUGGCGUUGCGUUUUGUGAAGAUGAAGAUGGUGGUUGGUGCGGAUGAGAUAUUUUUGACGAUGGGGAAAUUGAGGAGGUUGAUGAAGGUGGAUCAUGGGGAUUUGUGGAGGGAUGUGUGGGAUUGGUUGAAUAGGUUGGAGGCGGAGAGGAUGAGGUUCUCCUCUGAUUAUCUUGGUGUGGUUUAG